AUGGAAGGAAGGAUGGAGACCAUGGAAAUCUCCAUGGGAGGACUGGAAGCUGCAGUACAGGAACUAGUGAGGGUGAUAGGGGAGCGAGGUCGACGGUACGAUGGAAACCUUGAUGGUAGCCAAGGAUCGGUCAAUGGAAGAAGAAAUGAUGAGGACGAGAGGGAUAGCGGAGGCUUAGAGGGUGGACCCCGAGAGGAACAGCCGUAUUGGAGGCGGAGGGUCGAGUUACCCAUAUUCGAAGGCAAUGAUCCUAUGAACUGGAUCUAUAGAGCAGAUAAAUUUUUCGAACUACAAGGUGUACCCGAGGACGAAAAAUUGCGGCUGGCAUACAUCAGCAUGGAAGGAAUUGCAGGGCAUUGGUUCCGGUUUUGGAGGGAGAAAGCCAGAAACCGCUCGUGGGCAGGUUUAAAGGAAGCGUUGGUGGUACGGUUUGGAGGCAGGAACCGAGGAACAGUUUUUGAGAGGCUGGCAUCCUGCAAACAGUCAGGGUCCGUGGGAGAGUAUAUUCAGGAAUUCGAAGUACUGGUGGGCCAAGCGGAAAGGAUACCCGAAGCUCAGCUGAUGGGAUAUUUCAUGGCUGGUCUGCAGGAGGGGAUCCGCAACCAACUCCGGUUGCUCGACUCGAAGGAAUUAAUGGACAUCAUGAGACUAGCAAGGGACGUGGAAGCGUUCCAAGCGGGCGCGCGGACAGGAGGGGGAAUCAUAAGAAAAGGGCAGACGUGGGGACAACCAAGUGGGUCAUUGAUAAAGACGGAACCCAGCCGUUACAAUCAAAACCGAACGGUACCUGUCGAGGGGGGACGUACGGGAGGAAAGGAAGGAGUUCCAAGGAGAGAAGGCGAACGCACGUUCGCGAACACGCAAGGCAGGAACGUACGGGAUUUGCCGUACGCAGAGUACGUCAAACGGAGGGAGGAAGGGAGGUGUUUCAGGUGUGGAGGACCCUUCGGCCCAGGGCAUCGCUGCCCAGAAAGGAGUCUACGAAUGCUGAUAUGGGCAGAAGACGAGGAACCAGGAGGAGAAGAGGAAGAGGGGGGCGAACUCGAGCAAAUGGAGUUAUCUGCCUUCUCGGCAGGAGGGCUCACCCAGCCCAAAACGAUGAAGCUGCAUGGCCAAAUAGGGACGCAACAAGUAUUGAUUUUGAUUGACAGUGGCGCCAGCCACAACUUCAUAAGCAGGAAAUUGGUAGAAGAUCUGGCAUUACCAGUAGUAGAUACUCCACCAUAUAGGGUGAGUUUGGGCGAUGGGCAGAGAAAGGAGACGAGGGGGUGCUGUGAAGCAGUAACGAUCUAUAUGGGAGAGGCAGUGAUCCAGGAACGAUUCCACCUGUUCGAACUGGGAGGAGUGGAUGUAAUAUUGGGAGUAGAAUGGUUGGCCAAGCUGGGUGAAGUAACACUGAAUUGGGGACAACUAACCAUGGCGUACGUUCAGGCAGGGCGCAAAAUGACAAUUAAAGGAGACCCAACUCUAACUCGGAGACUGGUGGAACCGGCAGCCUUGCUUAAGAUGAAAGAAGUGGAGAUCUGGUUGCUAGUAUGGGAGCUUGGGGAGACCGAAAAAGAUGAGGAGCAAAGACCGCACGCUCAAGAAGAAGAGACGUUCGGUCCAGAGUUAACAAGAAAGCAGGCGAACGACAUGAGGCGAGUUCUGGAACGGCACGCGGACGUAUUUCAUGAGCCGAACGGCCUACCACCCGAUAGGGGAAUGGUUCAUCAAAUUCCCUUAAAAGAAGGGACGGACCCAGUGAAUGUAAGGCCUUACCGAUAUCCCCAUGUGAUGAAAGGGGAGAUUGAGAAGCAGGUAGGAGAAAUGUUGAAGACGGGCGUUAUAAGGUCAAGCAACAGCCCAUAUUCGAGCCCGGUAAUCUUGGUAAAGAAGAAGGAUGGCAGCUGGAGAUUUUGUGUGGAUUACAGGGCCUUAAACCGAGCCACUGUUCCUGAUAAAUUCCCUAUUCCCCUAAUAGAGGAGUUAUUAGACGAAUUGAGAGGAGCCAGCUAUUUUUCAAAAGUGGAUUUGAAGUCAGGCUAUCACCAGAUACGAAUGGGAGAAGGGGACAUAGAGAAAACGGCUUUCCGGACGCACCAAGGUCACUACGAGUUCAUGGUGAUGCCGUUCGGUCUAACCAACGCACCAGCCACUUUCCAGAGUGCCAUGAACAACCUGCUGCAACCAUAUCUGCGGAAGUUCGUCCUGGUAUUUUUUGAUGAUAUACUGGUAUAA